AAAGCACCGGGUUUAAACCCGGUGCUUUGGUAAAAACCCAAUAAACACCCAUAAACUCCCAUAAUCACCCAAAAAAAUAGGUUUUUACGUAUUUUUUUGAAAAUAUGUAAGUAAUACCAAUAAAUUAUUUUUAUAAAUUGUAUUGAUCAAUUCUACAAUAUUAAAUAAAACGUUAACUAAUAAUAUUUCAGGAAAUUUUAAAAAUCUAUAUAUAAUAAAAUGAAAGUAAUUAAUUUUCAGUGUUUUCAUGUUGCAGUUGAUCAACAUGUUGGCCUUUUGCUUCCCGUAGAUACUUUAAAAUUUCUUCAUAACACCUCGUUCGCACACAUGGCCGUAUAUAUUUAAAUUCUUGAGCCACUAACAGUCCGAAAUACUCAUUUCUUUUAUCCUCUUCUCCAUAAAUUAAGCAUUUAGAACAGUUUGUUUCUUCUUUCAGUAAAUUUUCUUUUACUUUAUCCUCGUUUUUUUUCUUUGUUGCGACGACGCUGGGUAAAUCGUCUGGACACUGGGUCUCACUAUCGCCAAAUAUAUUUGGAGAUCGGCUUCGGCUACGGCUUGGCAGACAUUUUUUUCUUUCUACAAUUUUAAAUUAAAUUUAUUAGAAUAAAUGCUUCGAACACACGCGAUCUAAGUACCUUUUGUGUUUAUUAUACCUUACCUACCUAGGUAUAAAAAGAGUACUUACGUAGAUUUUCUUUUAUUAACUGUUUUAUACGAAGAUCUUGAUCUCUCAAAUUAGCAUCCAUUUUACUUCCAGUGAUUAUCAACUAAAUUAAUAAUCCACAAAGUAUUAAAUAACGUUUUUAUGAAAUAUUUAGCACAAAAACAAUACCCUUUAAAUAUCGAUCGUCAGUAACUGUGGCUGACUUACCUAUAUUCUAGCAAGCAGGACUGCCAGAUGUGAAGGGGAAAUCCCCAAUAAAUUGUUGCAUGUGACUGAUGAUGUGAGCAUGUUCGUUUCAUAAUAAAAAUGUUGCCAGGUAACCAAAAAGUCGUAUGUUUUUGUGCGAAUUACGAUCAUAAUCUUUACGAUCGUACAUUAAAAAAUAGACAAAUAAUAGUAUGAGUACGAUUUAAAUCGUAUAUCUGUCAACCCUGCUAGCAAGACAGCGACAAAAUCACGUUGCAUAACAAUGUAGCCCAAGCUUAUAUCUUAUGAAAUAUACGGAAGAGAUACGGACUUAGAAAAAACAGAAAUGUUGUUCUUUGUGGAAGUCAUUGAUGAAAUUCUAUGUAUUUUAGCCCGCAAACUUUCUUCAAACAAAAACAGCGCCAUCUAGUAUCGAGUUCUGUAAUUAUCUCUUUGUUUAUGGAUUUGAAGUAAGACCGCCACGCAUGCAAUACAUUAUGACUGGGGAUUCCCCUAUUCGUCGACGCUGAAUAUGAGGCGACGACAAUCACUGUCAAACGUGUUCACUAUUACUCUGACUCUGGUAACGUGACUUCCUGGUAACGUGUUAGGUAGGAAAAGCAGUAAAAAAGUGCAUAUUAAGGGAGCAGAUUUGAAAUAAUAUUUAUACUUAACAAGAAAUAAUUAAAGGUUCAAUGGGGAGACCUAAAGAUUUACGCAUAUGGGAGCACUACCGUACUUUACCAAACAAGUCUGUUUCUUGCAAGCUUUGUAAUAAGGUCUACAAAUUCAGUAAUGCUGCCAAAAUGCUUCAACAUCUUAUCACUUGUCCAAAAUCUCCAGAAACAUUAAAAGACUCUAUGAAACUUAUAAAAGAUAGCUCGUCCAAAACCAAAAUGUCUGGACUGUCAGAGAUAGAGACAAAUGAUUCUUUUAUAAGCCCCUCGUCGUCUGCUAACACUACAAUAAAUGCUGAGUUUCAAGACACCGAUGAUCAUAUAAAAACAGAAUUAGCGAGAGCUAUAUUUGUAACAGGGACGCCAUUAUCGAUGGUGCAACAUCCUUUAUGGAUACAAUUUUUCGAAAAAUUGCAACCAAAAUUUAAAAUACCUUCACGUAAAGCUUUAGCGACAAAAUACUUAGAUAAAAUAUAUAGAGAAAUGCGUUUUGAGUUAAAUGAGGAACUAAAUGCUUGUAGUUACUUACACCUUCAGUGCGAUGGCUGGUCUAAUUUAAGAAAUGAAGGAAUAAUAAACUUUCUUAUAUCAAAACCUCAACCUGCAUACGUUAAAAGUUUGAAUACAGAAAGUAAUCCUCACACUAGUGAAUACCUUAGCCAAGAAGUUGAAAAAGUAAUGAAAGUGUAUGGAGCAAAUAAGUUUCUUGUACUUAUUGGCGAUAACGCUAGAAAUAUACAAAAGGCAUUCGAAUUAACAAAACUCAAAUAUCCACAUGUUGUUCCUCUCGGUUGCUGUGCACAUAUCCUUAACUUGUUGUGCCAAGAUAUUGUAAAGAUACAAGAAGUAACUGUGUUUAUUAUGCAAGCCAUAAAUAUAAUAAAAACUGUUAAAAGGAGUCAACGAUUAAGUUCCUUGUUGAUAAAAUCAAGGCAGGGUGAAGAUUCUACACAAACACUAAAAUUGCCUUGUGCUACAAGAUGGGGAAGUCAUGUUACUUCGUUAAAAAGUUUGAAAGCAAAUAAGAUAGCUUUGCAAAUAUUAACAGUUAGAGAAGAUGUGGUAAUUUCAAGAGAUAUUAAAGAUUUAAUUCUAAGUGAUGAUUUCUGGACGAAGACAGGGGAAUGUAUAAGUAUUUUGGAACCAGUCACUGAAAGCAUAUUUUACUUAGAGAGCGACCAGAAUCGUUUGCAUCGCACAUACAUUACAUUUAGAGAUGUACAAGCUAAGAUACGUUUUGCAUUAAAUGAGAUUUCGACAUUGAGCGAAGAAAGCAAACAGCAGAUUCUAACAUCAGUAUCUUCAAGAUGCAAUAUGGCAAUGAGGCCAAUACAUUUUGCAGCAUAUAUUCUAGACCCCAGGACUCUAGGAGUCGAACUUACUCAAGAGGAAGAACUUAAGGGUAUGGAGUUUAUCUACAAUUUAAGCCAACACUUAAGUUUGUCAAAUGUAAUGGCAGAUUUGGCGUGUUAUAAAGCUAAAGAAAACUUUUGGGCCAGAGGAUUUGUAUGGAGCUCAUUAGAUAGCAUUGAGCCCCUAAUAUGGUGGAAAGGUAUUUGUGGUUCCACUGAGUUAAGCAAAGUAGCGAUUCGUAUUCUAUCAGCUCCCUGUACUUCGGCAGCCACUGAGCGUUCCUUUAGUAUCCAAGGCUACAUACAUAAUAACAAAAGAAAUCGACUUACAACUGAAAGAACUGAAAAAAUUUCAUUCAUUUGUUAUAACUGGAAUCUUAAACAUAAAGCUGAAUGCGAGGACAUUCAGUUUAAUGAAGAAAAUACCUUAGAAGCUUUCAUUGAGCAAGUAAAUGAACAUAACAGUUUAGACGAAAUAGAGCCUAUCGAACCUAUACAAUUCAUCGCUUGUAAUAACUCUGAAUCUGACAGUGAUUGACUGUAGUUUUACAUUUUACUUUCAUCUCUUUCUUAAUAAACUCAAAAUCAAAUUAAAAGUUUUUUAUUCUGUAGGCUGCAUAAUAAUAUUGUCUAUGUCCAGUAUAGUGGACGUCUUGCGGCUGAGAUGACGAUGAUGAAGUACAAAAUCAUAAACACCCAAAAAUUUGGGUGUUUAUGGGGUUUAAACCCAAUAAACCCAAAACACCCGGUUUUUACCCACCAGACUUUAAACCCACCCAGGUGGAUUGCCCAUC